ACUUACACCACUCCACGUUUCCACGUCGACUGUCGUUGUCACAGGGUCUUUUCUCAUGUUCUUGCUUCAUGAAUUUCCGUAUUAAGUUUAUCUACUGUCCACAUCUCUCAGAUUUCGGGUUUGGUGGGCAAAUCUAGAAAAACAAGGUGCAUGUUCGCUUCGUAGAAGGCGGAGCAGUGGAAGUGGAAAAGGCGGCAGGGCCAGGGAUUUGUGAUGUUGCCGUCUAGUGUAAAGUGAUCAAGGAUCAACAAAAGUACGAAGACCUUGUUUUGACUUCUGACGCCUAUGGUUUGAACUGGGAAAGUUGAACCUACCCAAAAUGAAGGAAAAAGAGGCUGUCAAUGUGGAGGAUGUGUUAGCACAACUUAAUAAUUCAAGAACACAACACAAUGCAUUAAUAUCUCUUUUUAAUAGACUGAAAAGUGCCAAAAUUUCCAAUGUUCAGCGAACUCGACUGCUGAAGACUGUUGCUCAUACUUUAAAGGAUGGCAACUCUACUGAUUUACGGGUUGCUGCCCUUUCUUCUGUGUUACCUUGGGUUGUUUCUUCUAAUAAUGCAGCCAGUGGAGCAGAUUUUCAUUUGCUAGAGGCUUGCACAAAAAUUGUACUGAAAUAUGUUGCAAAUCCUACUUCGCAACACAUUGAUAUUGUUGCCAAAGCUUUAGAAAUAAUGGCUUCAGUGAAUGUUGCUACAUUAGUAAAGCUAUUUGGUGAAGAUGAUGCUUCGCGUUUCAACGAAAUUAUGAUUGUUUGCUUGAAGCUUAAAGAGUUACGAUUGCCUGCCUUGACUCUCCUUGCUGUGGGAUUGUCUGUCCCAAGUUCUGAAGGCUUAGGCAAAACGAUUUCUGAGGAUGUAGUACCCCUCAUUCAACUUGUUUAUCCAUUAAUUUUUGACUUGGAGGAUGUUGAUGUCCACUUUGCAGCUCUAAGGGUAAUGAAAGGACUGAAACUUACAACUAAGCCCCAGCCCUUCUGGAAUCAACUUAAGGGAGAGACGCAAACGAUCUACUGCAAGCGAAUGGUGGAAAUGGUCAACUGCAAAUCAAACUGGCCUGAAGUGUGGAAAUGUAUUGUAAAUUUGUUUGGUGAGGAGCUCCACUCUGGUGGUCAGCUCAUCAACCACAUGUUAGAAGUCUUAGAGCGAGCCUUCAAACAUGCUGACUUUGAGUGGACUAGAGUUCAAGCUUUUGAAUGCUGGAAUACUCUUAUAGACAAUUUCAAGACUGGGCUGAAGAACAGGAAGAGAAUAGACUUAAUUAUGAUACCCUUGAAAGCCAAUAAUCAUCGCAUUGAAACAUUGGCAAUGGCUAAAUUGAAAACAUAUGAUCAUCUCUUGGCAACACUUGGCAAGGAUUUGGCCUCUUCCCCUGAUAUUCUUACAAAUUUCCUCACAUUUUGUUUUGGAUCUGAGAAAACCUCCUGCCCUCCUGUUAAGUCAUAUCCAGCUCUUCAUGAUAAAUGUGUGGAAUGCAUUUUAAACAUUUUGGUAUCUCCCUUUGGUGAAGAAAUGUUCAAAAAAGCUCAGAAAGAGCUUGUGACAGCAGUUGGGGAUUGCUUUGUCUUGGACAGUGCGUCUGAAGCUUUAUUGUCUGAGUUGUGGAACAGAUUACUCGAACGGGUUUGGAAACAAGAAGGGACGGAUGCUGUGAAAACCCUUUUCAGCAUGAUUAACACCUUGGUUGUCCGAGCGGGUAACAAAGAAAUUAGUGGAAGCCUCAAACUUCAGGAAACCAUAAGUUCUAGUAAGCCUACAAGUGAACAAAUUAAUGAAGUUCUCGGAAGCAAAAUUGUGGGGGUUAUUGUGCACGGACUUGUGCUAGGUGCAUUUUCUGUACCUGAAAACCUUUUCAAGAUGCGGUCUCUAUAUGUUGGUUCGUAUGAUGUCAUGAACGGCACACCUACACUUCUUAUGAUGGAAUGGCUCCUAUCCCCAGCACUAAUGCUUAGUGCUGGUUCCUUGCCGUUGUAUGAUGAAUUAGUCUCCAAAUUAUUGAAACAUCGGUGUCAAGAGUUAGAUGGUUACAUCGAGUUCACUCAGCUUGUCUUGAAGAAAUUGCUUGUUUUCGAUGAGAGCCUCAGCUCUGAUAAGAAGCAGUUGAUGUACAAGUGUGCCACGCAAAGUUGGUGUACGAUUGCAAGUGGGCUGAUAAGAUUUAUUCAGAAAGAAGGAAGUAUCAACCAAGGAGACGCUGCAGAGCAUGAUUUCUCAGGGAUUUACUCAGUUCUAUUGUUUCCCAUUCAGAGCCUGCAUGUGGAUAUAAGUCUCAUUGAGAAAUGUACUGAUCCAUGGAGUAACCUCUUUUAUGAGGUCUGUCAGCAAGCUGAGUUGAUUCCUACAGCAUCCCUUCAACUAGUGUGUGAACAAGUCUGCAUUCGUUUACUCGGUGCAAGCAAAAAGAACUCACCCAUGAAACAGCACGCUUCAGUCUACUUGUUCUUAACAUGUAUUUUAGAAGUUGCAUCCAAAAGAUUCAAAUCAAAGAAGAGCUUUAAAUUUGUGGAACAGCAGAUAUCCACCAUCCUGAAAGAUAUGAAUGGCGUUGCUUUCGACCAAGCUGUGAUCUUUGAUCAGGCUACCAAUUGUAUCCAACACUUCCUUAAGCAGACUCCAAUCAGUAUGGAGGUAGUGGAGAAUGUUUCUCCUACUGUGUGUUCACUUCUGAAAGCACAAAUCAAUACUUCAGAUGCAGUUGACAAGUUGUGUACUCUGAUUGGUGCUCUGAAAGAAGCAUCUUUGUUUAUUUCCCAACAUGGUGUCACAAAAGGGUCUGUUUAUGCAAUGUUGAAAAAUGUUAUUGAUGUGGGCAAUGGCCAUACCAGUCAAGAAAUAAGAGCUGUUGUUGAUGAUUUAUGUCAAACAUUCAAUGACAAGAUUUCUGAAGGAGAAGAGAAAUCACAGUCAGUAAAGAAUAAGGGAGCAUUUUCACCCUCAAGUCGCUUUAAUUUUUCUCCUAAGCCUGCUUCAAAGAAGUUCCCAACAGUCCAGAUGUCUCCUUCUAAUUUAUCCCCAGGUGGCUCUAAACGUAAGCCUCAGGCCACAGUCUGUGGUUCUGAUGGGAAAUUUGUACGUAUUGAAACACCAACCAAAAAGAUAAUCCUAACUGACCAUCAGAAAGAAGUAAGAAGAGAGCGGCGUCAAGAUAUUCCAGCCUUAUAUCAAGACCUCUCCCAAGAUACUCAGAGCAUGAGUCAAGAUUCAACUCAAGAUUUUGUCGCAUUACCUGCUACUCCAAAAGGUAAAUGUGCCCCAGCACUGGAUGAAGAUGCAAUAAUGGAUGUAGUUAAACCAAAUACUCCAAUGCAAGCAAUAUCUGCCAAGAAAAUAGCAUCACCAAAAAGCACCAAGAAAAGUCAUGUUGAUUCGGAGCCCAGGAGUGAGCUUAAAGACUUUACUCCCCCUGUUGGCUUUAUCCUUCCUUCCAUUGCAGAUGACACCAAAUCUGUGACAGAUGCAGACAGCCAAGAUCCCUCCGAAGGCCUCAGACAAGAAGGAAAAGAAAAUGAAAGCGGUGCUUCCAACUCUAAAGCACUGAAAGGGAACAAGGCACCUCAGAAGGGAACCCUUACUCGCAGCUCAUCAAAUACUAGUUUGACCACUCGUAGUGGGAAGAUAAUGAAGAGGGCUAGUAUUGCAGGCAAAACUGAAGUACUGAAAAAAAGGAAGUACACACGGAAGUCUUUGCCAGCUAUUUUUUCUGAAGAGCCAGUGAAGAAAGGUGUUGAGAUGGUUGUAAUUGAAUCUGAUACUGAUACUGAAAGUGUGAGUAGUAUUGCUAGUGAUGCCUGUGGCACUACCUCUAAGGCUGGUAAAUCCAUCUUGAGACCAAGACGUUCCUUUAAGCGAGAACCUUCUCUAGAGUCAGAUACAGAAAUAAUGGCAGCUAGAGAGAAGGUGCGAGAGUCUCCUCAAAAUGGCACUGACAAGUUAUCUAAGGAUGUUUUUAAGCGCGAAUCUUCCAAAAUAAAAGUGGGAAGUGACACAGAACACACUAAAAGUGACCCUGAGGAUGUACCUUUAUCACAGCUUAUCGGUGGUAAAAUUUUGACCCGAAGCCGCUCAAACUCAAGUUUAGAUGAUGUUGCUGUUGUUAAAAAAUCCAAAACUUCCAGUCCUGAUUCUAAACAUAAAUCAAUGAGUCCUGUUUCAGAAUUAACCCCUAAACCAAAAGGAUCUCCUCCUCUAGAAAAUGGUUGGAAGUCACCGCAGAAGAAAACUACCAUUACUGUCUCUAAAAUUGAGAUAUCCCCUAAUAACAGAAGAAACCGCAUUGUUAAUCUUGCAGCUUUUGAUUCUGCUGUUGAAUUUAAAAAAAUUGUCAAUACUGCUGAAGGUGAUCAAAUUACGACAGAUAAUUCAAAAUCAUUUAGUCCUACUAGCCUUGGAAAACUAAAAAGUGUUCUGUUUCAAGAUUCUUCUUCUCUGGAUGACAAACCCUGUGUAGAAAAAGAGAAGCAAGCCGCUUGUGCGGGCGCUUCAUCCCUAUCUACUAGUCUGCAUAUUAGGAAGGAACUGAAUGGGCUGAAUGACCAUGAAAAUAUGGAAUUUGAUAAUGGCACAGAGGAGUCACAAGAAAUCAUUGAAAGCUCCCAAGAACCCAUCUUGAAAUGUUUAAAGCCAUGUCUGGUUAGUCUUGAACAUUUCAGAUGCACUGAAGCCAACAAGACUGUGGAAUUUGAGAAUUUGACUUUAGAAAAGGGACCAGCACCUAACAGUCCUUACAAAAUUCUUUCUAAGGAUUCUUCUCCAGUCGAAGCUGGGAAACAGACUUCUGCUUGCCGGAGAUCACUUAUUUUGGAUGGGGCUGAAAAUUCUUUGUCCUCUAUGUCAAAAGAAGUUGUUUCCCCACCCAAACCGCCUCCUCCUGCUGAAACUCGAACUGAUUCUGUGAAUGGUCAAAUAACCUCUGACAAUGCUUCAAAGAAGCUUCCUUUCAAUGCUGAGUUGGAGAAUAAAGGAACGAUCAAAACUAAUCUCAACAAAGAGGGGAAAGAGCAAGACCUCUCUGCUGCUGCUGAAGGAAAUCAUGUUAGAAAUGAUUCAAUGCCCGAGUGGAUGCAUGACAAGAAAGAUUCUCCUCUUACAAAGUCUCAGAGGACCAUUCGCGGUACAAGUGCUCGUAGCCAAGCAUUUAUGAAAUCUGUAGCAGAUAGUGGCAAUUCAACUUCGCCUCCCAAAGCAGCUGAUGUAUCUCCCAUCUCAUCCCCUGGUCAGUCCAAGAGAUCACAGAAACCUAGCAUAGAUUCCAAUACGACGCCUAUAAUAAAACGGUCCAGUCGUGCCGCACAGCUUCUGGGGUUAGGCCAAGCAGCAGCUGCAAGGGGUGGAGAUACAGUUGUUUCUAGUGCCUCAAGAUCUUUACGAAUGGACAAAACAGGUGACAAUGAAAAGACAGAAACAUUGAGCAACAUUAGGAACUCCACUCCAUCAUCCUCCAUUGCUAGCUCAGCUGCUAGUUCUGUAGCUGCUGGUGUCAUGGGCUCUGUGAGUGCUGUGACAACUGUUGCUUCUCCUUCAGUCAGGAGACACAAACUUCUAGAUUUGGAUUCACUGAAGUGCACUCCUCAAAAGUGCCUGGAAGAUAAGGGGAACAAGGAGGAUUGGGUACGAAAAGAUUGGGUUCCAACGGCUACACCUGAUGCCAGCAUAUUGAAAAGAAAACGAGAAGUUGAUUCUGAUGCCCCAUCUCCAAGUGUGAAGAGAAAACGUGUUAGUUUUAGGGAUCCUCCAUUUUCCACAUUGCUAAGAUUUGGUGAGACCUCAGAAGGAACAGUAUUUACCUCUGAUCAACCAGCUGGUAUAGAUAGAGUAUCGGAGGCAGUCAACUUAGAUCGUGAGGAGUGUGCUCCAAUGGAUAACAAUGAAGUUGAAACAGAAGAACAGCCUGAUCAACCGGGUGAACCUUUAAGUUUUGAAAUGGAACCAAAAUUAAAUGGAAAGGGUUCCUCCCAAGAAAAAGAUUCAGUCAUGCCUGUAGAAAAUUCUUCAGGAGGUACUAGUCCUCAGGAGUCCGACUCAGUCUCUCAUGGUAGAGAAGGCAUUGCCAAUGUGGUUGAAGUGAAAAGUCCCAAGUCAAGAAGUGAAGCUUUGUCUGGACAAAAUGGCAGCAAGGAUGCUGCUUUCAGAACAAGUGCUCAUGAUGGUGAAGGCGAAGCUGAGAUGGAUGUAGACCUUUGUAAAUGUGAUAAUACUCCUGUUGAGGGUGGUAGUGAAGAACCAGAGACUCAGGGCAUGUUAGAUGAUCUCCACCGAAUGCCUUCCAUAUUAACACCUGUAUACGCCAACCUUACCGAUUGCACUCAUUCAGUUGAACUUAUUUCAUCUAAUCUUACAUCAGCUGUUUGGAAAAAGUCAUUGCUGCGAGAGUUAAGUGAAGGAGGAAUCCGAACUGUAGGGGACCUAGCCAGAUUAACAGAGGAGCAACUAGAUCGUUUGCCUGUGAAACCUCCAAAGCGAACUAACGUUUGUCGUGUUUUAGAGGAUUUUGAAAAGCUGCACUCUGAUCUUACCGAUGGUGUUAGUUGCCAGCUCCUCAAAACCAAAAUUACUACGUCUGGUAGUGUCGAAAAUUCACUGGAGGAUCUUCUCACCAACACGUCUAAUGAAGAUAUUAUACAUGCCCUCUCCAAAGCAGGGACAAAACUUGACUUCAGCAAGGCAUUGGUUGAAUCACUGCCUCCUGAAGAUGUUGUUAAAUUCUUGAAGCUAGAAGAUUUGAUCAAAUUCUUCUCGUUAGAGGAGUUGAUUCCCUUCUUCAAGUUAAAAGAUUUAAUUAAAUUCUUCACAUUAGAAGAGCUGUUGAAAUUUUUCAAGCUAGAGGAUGUGGUUCAAUUGUUUAAGCUGGAGGAUGUGAUUCAAUUGUAUAAACCUGAGGAUGUGAUUCGAUUCUACAAACCUGGAGAAGUAGUAAAACACUUCAAGACAGAAGAUGUGAUAAACUCUCUGAAAGCAGAGGAUGUUUCACGAGCUGUUGCCUCAAAUAGUAGUGUAAUACGAUCCCUUCAUGUAGAUGUUUGUGCUGAAGCAUAUAUUUCGCAAGUUAACAAAAGUAGUGGUUCCAAGGAGAAGGAAAUGUCAGUGGAACAACUGACCUCUAUUUUAAACAGAAUCCCUGGAGGGACCAUUCAAAGUACCAUGUUCCCCUCAACUCCAACUCUUCUGUCCACUGUGUAUACUGAUACAAUGCGAGACUAUGUUAUGCGUGAAUGCAGUUCAUCAGAAAUUGUGCAGAAAUUAGAUGGUGUCAAAGCAAAUGAAUGUGUACUCAAACUGCUGCCAAAAUUGGAUAAUGACAAGGCAAAAGAAUGUGGCCUUAAACUGCUGCCAAAAUUGGGCCCUGAAGAUAUUGCUCAAGAACUUGAUAGCACCAAAGCCACAGAACUUACUGCUAAACUGCUUUCUAAAUUCAGUCCAUCUGUUAUUGCCGAACAAAUUGAGAACAAUAGGGUUGAAGAGACAAUUGAAGCAUUGCUAUUGAAGCUGAAUAAAAAGAGACGUCUCGGGUUUUUAUUGGAUAAAAGUGUCCAUGUGUAUAAGCAGUUAGAGUAGAUUGUAAUUGCAUUUCUCAUGUUUUAUCAUUGUCUCGCUUGUCGCCUCAGACAUUUCAUUAUCUUUCUCUGCAGUAUUUAUUUAAUAUUUAAUUUUUCUCUAAAGGUAAAGGUUGCAAGCACUUUGCCAUCCAGUGAUAUGUUAUCAAAUUUUCUGUUAGUGUUCUUAACUAUUCUGUCAUGGAUCAUUUUUGGGGUAUUGCAUUUGUUCAUUAUCAUUUGUGUAAUUUUUAAUAGGCACUGAUGAAUUUUAAUAUUAAGUUCCGCCAUACUUCAUUCAUUUGCUGAAAGACUGGUAUCAAUACUCCAGAACUUGUUGUUUUAACUAUGUUGUAAUCAAUUAUAAUUCUGACCUGAGGCUUUCACCUCACCUAAUUUAAUAACAUUUAUUGACAAAAUAAACAUGUCAAGCAUGUA